AUGUCGUCUCAAGACAAGAAGGACAACAGCAUCUUCACCCGUGACAACCUGUUCAACCUCCAUGGCAAGGUUGCACUCGUGACAGGCGGCGGCUCCGGCAUUGGCCUGAUGGCCACCCAAGCCCUCGCCGGCAACGGCGCCAAGGUCUACAUUACGGGCCGCACCCAGGAGAAGCUCGACAACGUCGCCGAGACGUACGGCAAGAACAUUGCCGGCGAGAUCAUUCCCAUUGUCGGCGACGUCGGCACCAAGCAGGGCGUUCAGAAGCUGUACGAGGACUUUUCCCAAAAGGAAAAGUGCCUCUGCAUCCUCGUCAACAACGCCGGCAUCUCGAGCGCCUCGUUCCAGACCGAGGCCAAGGACGCCGCUGAGAUGCGCACAAACCUCUUCGACCCCGAGAGCGCCACCUUUGACGACUGGAACAGCACCUACAACACAAACGUCACCGGUGUCUACUUUACCGCCACCGCCUUUUUGCCUCUGCUCGAGAAGAGCACCCAGACCCACAAGGGCUGGUCGUCCACCAUUAUCAACAUCACCUCCAUCUCCGGCAUGAUCAAGGGCGCCCAGCACCACUUUGCCUACAACGCCUCCAAGGGCGCCGCCAUUCACGUCUCGCGCAUGCUGGCCUCUGAGGUCGUCUCCAACGGCCUCAAGAUCCGCAUCAACAGCCUGGCGCCUGGCGUCUUCCCCUCGGAGAUGACCGCAAAAGACAGCGACGAGGACCAGAAGAGUCACAUCCCGGCUGAAAAGUACGCCGAGAAGGUGCCUGCGCGCCGCCCCGGCCGCGACGAGGACAUGGCCCAGACUGUGCUCUUCUUUGCUGCGAAUCAGUACCUCAACGGGCAGAACGUGGCUGUCGAUGGAGGAUACACUCUCGCUGCUGGUUUGUAA